UGAUGUCUGACGUACUCUGCCCCAGGUCUGUACCACCAUCAUUACGACUGUAGAAAGGAAGGGAGAAGUAAAAAACCCCUUCACUGUUAUCACUCUCCUCUUCACCUCUUCCGAACAUCUCCUGUGAAAUCAAAACGAUCGUUUACUCAGCUCGACCAUUUACGUGCACCUCCAUGGAGACCAACACCGCUGUCAUCCCGUUUGAUGGAUCUGCUCCGCCGCUGGCCAUGGACCCAUCUUCCAAUGUUACUCCGGUGGUGCGCCCCUUUGUCUCCACCGUCGCCGAGGGGGCCCCCACACUGAAUUUCUUGCAACAUAAUCGCCGCCUUGCCAUACACGACGGAGCUUUCAACGCCGCUCGUCUCUGGGAUGGCAUCAAAACCAAUCUCCUAGAUCCCAAGGACGAGUUUCGUACCUGGUAUUCAAGGGUAGAGAAAAGCUUUGGGAAGCAAUGGAAGCAGCAGGGGCUGGACAAGGCUAUUUUGUUGUCCUGCCAAAGCUUCAAUAUUCAAGAAACAUUCAUUCUGGCCAUAGCCGCUUUCUGGGACCAUGAGGUCAGUGCGUUUCUACUGCCCGCUGGACCGAUCGGCCCGACCCUGAUGGACGUCUCCAUGAUCGCCCACCUCCCGAUUGUGGGGGAAGACCCAGUGGUCGGAACUCUAAAUGGUCAGGAACCAGCAGCCGACCACCCCGGAUGGGGGAUAAAAACGCCCCCACGCAACAGGGUAGUGGCCUGGGGAUCUUUCGUAAAGCUACACUGCGGGGCGAAAGAUACUCCAGUGACCGACGAGGAACACGUUGCCUUUUUACUAUAUUGGCUCUGCAGGUAUGUAUUUCUUUUCCGAAUUUGGUCUUGAUUCUUACUGCACAACCCUCUUAUGCGUCUAUGUUCUAAUCAUAACAGAUAUGUGAUCUGUCCUUCGU